AUGUUAGUUCAAAGUGUGUAUUCCCAUGGGCUGGCUUUGAGCUUAAUGAAGGUGGGUUUCACAGUUUCUGUAAGCUUAUUUUGUUGUAGUUUGAAAAAUAUGUAAGGAUGAACUACUUCUUUAUGGGUGACUAUUUGCACCUUGGCAAAAUGGAAUAUCUGUGGCCGAUCAGCACACAUCCAUUUUUGUAUGGCUCUUAUGCGACAGCGGCUUAUUUAGUUGCUAGGAAGAUGUAAGUGUUGUUUGUAAAGUAAUAGAGGAGGUCGUUACGCAAGAGUUCUGCUGUAUAAUGAAGGUUUUAAAAAAAAUAUUACAGUAUCCUACCAGACCUCACCACCGAAGUCAAGUAUGGAAAAAUACAAAAGAUUUUCAUAAUGGCCACAGCCGGCUUUGUUUGGACUCGGCUACAACAAAGAUUGUCAGAAUUUCACUUUUUGGUUUUGUUGCUGAGUUACCUACACUAUUUAGUAACUUUAUCAAUAGCCAGCGUCGUAGCUGCUACUUUUGACAAGGCUUUUCUUAAAGUAAAAACUGAAUAA